AUGGCAGACAAUUACGCUUCGCAUUUCAGCGUGAACAACAUCCCAUACGGGAUUGCAAGCUCGUCGAAACGCCAUGCACCACAAUGCGCGACACGAAUUGGUGAUGAAGUCAUCUUCCUGGCAGAGCUCGCGGAGCACGACUCUUUUAAGGCCAUCGCAGCACCGCUAUCGUCCAUCUUCCGCGAACCCACACUGAACACGUUCGCCGCUCUAGGGAAGGACAUUCAAAGUGAAGUGCGUUCUGCAGUACGAGAAGCAUAUAACAGCAAGUCAUAUGCCAGAUACUCGGAAAACAUCAGCGAUGUUACCCUCCAUAUGCCAGUACAUAUUGGAGACUUCACAGACUACAGUGCUUCUGCCAACCACGUUCUCAACGCAGGAGAAGCAGUAAUGGGAGUCCGUUCUUAUCCUCCAGCCUUCAAAAAGUACCCCGUUGGCUACGCGGGUCGGUCGAGUUCGAUCACUAUGUCAGGAGCGCCCGUCACGAGACCUUUGGGUCAGUUCAUCGAAGACUACACUGUUCCAGAUAAGAAGAUUAUCUUUGGACCAUCGCGGGGUUUGGAUUACGAGAUGGAGAUUGCUGCAGUCAUUGGCAAACCUGUAGAAGCUGGGACUUACCUGAACGCGAAAGAUGCCGACGACCACAUAUUUGGCCUAGUUCUGUUGAACGACUGGAGCGCAAGAGACAUUCAGGGCUUGGAAAUGAACCCCUUAGGCCCAUUCAACGGAAAGAACUUUAUGACUUCAAUCACGCCUUGGGUUGUUACGCUAGAAGCAUUGAAGCCUCAUGAAGUCUCGGCCCCGCCUCGUAUGGAGCCUGUAGCCUCUUUUAUGGACGACCCCAAAAGUAUCAACUACAAUAUCCAGCUCGAAGGUCAGAUCAUCCGAAACGGUAAUCAGACUACGACAUGUAAGGUUGGCUUCGAAACAAUGUACUGGACCUUCAGACAUAUGUUAGCGCACCAUACUAUUGGCGGAUGUUCACUCCGGACAGGAGAUCUGAUCGCCAGCGGAACAGUUUCUGGCGAACAGGACCAUGAACACGGAUGUUUGCUCGAGUUGACAAAGAACGGCAAGGCUCCAAGCAAAUUGAGCGAUGGAUCUGAGCUACGCUACCUUAAUGAUGGGGAUGAAGUUCGCUACAUUGGUGUGGUUGGCGAUGGAGAGGCUGGAGUCGGAUUUGGAGCGUGCAUUGGCACCGUAAAGCCUGCCCGGAAAAUAUAG